AGAUGAUCAUUACAAGGGCCAAAUGGCCGAAAUAUAUAAGGAGGGGAGAGGAGGGAAAACACACAAUAUAAUGAAUGCAAAUACAAGGAACCUUCCUACAUCCCUUUAUCAUUCACUAGCUUCCAAUCUUGAGUUGAUAAGGGCUGAUUUUGUUUGACUUUGUCUUGGCUUUGGAGCUGGCUUUGUCUGUCCUGUUGUGGAGGCAAAAAUCACAAAGAAUGAAUGAAAUCCUUUGAUGAUUGUGGUGGAUAUUCUGGCUAAAAAGAGGGGACAAACAAAGAUGGGUGAUGGAUGGUGUAUUGGCCUUAUAUUCUUGGUCAUAUGAGGUGACUGAUUUAGUAGGUGGUGUAUCAACAACAACUCAAAUGUCCCUUGGCUUUUUGUGGUUGUUUAUUCAGCCCUAGUAGGGAACAUAAAGGGGACAAGAAUGGGGAAUAUCUUGGUUGAUGUUGUGUUGGGAUAAUGAGGGAUAUUUGGCCAGAGAUUUAUAGAAAAGGAUAGAAGGUUUUAUUUGUUUAUUAAAAGGUUUAAAAGAAAGAAAAUAACAACAAACAAAGGUUGUGGUUUACACACUCUUAUUUUCGGCCAGGGCCUAAAAUAGGAGUAGGAAAACUUUAUUUUGAAAAGGAAAUAUUUUGGAUGUUUAGGGAAGGUAUGGAGAGUGUGGGCUCACCGGGUGGGUGUAGGACAACCAUGGUGUUGGGUUGGGUUCUAAGACAGGAAAAUGGAGAAGUUUCAACCCAAUUAAUGUCACCACACUUGGGCUUUAUUCCCCUGAUCUGUCUUUCCCUUGGCGGGCUACGGAGAGUCUUCGGGCAUGCUCCCGGAUAUAUAUCAAUAGGAACUUUUGGAAAACUAGGAUUAGAGUAGCUGGAUAGGAGCUCGGUAUUGUAGAGGUUGUUUUGUAGUGUGUUGUACUUGUUUGGAAUCUUCUGUUGUUGCUUGUAAUUGUUGCUUGUACUUGGUGCUUUAUCUGUGUUAUACUGUGUUCCCUUCCAUAUUUUUGUGCAGGUAGAGCCGGGGUCUCUUGGAAACAGCCUCCCUACUUCCGAGUAGGGGCAAGGUCUGCGUACACACACCCUCCCCAGACCCUACUCCUACUAUUGUGGGAUUCACCUGAGUUGUUGUUGUUGUUGUUGUAAAGGUUUUGAACUGAGAAUUAAGAAAAGUAUUUUUCCAUUAUCUUUCCUUGAGGAUUCGACCCCUUUACCUGCUACUUUACUACCUUUUAUUUGAAAUUAGUGGGCUGAAGGGAUUUAAAUUUGUAUACCCUGACAAGUGUUAACAAAUUUUUGGCGCCGUUUCCGGGGAAAGUGAAAAUACUUUCGUAAGCUCAAAUACAUAUAUACAUAUAGAGAUUUUCAACAAUUACUCAUACUUGUCAUAUAUACUGUUUUCCAACUGUCUUUGAGUAUACACUUUUGUUCCAAAGCAUUAAAUCUGUAUUUGGAUACACAUACUGACUCUUCAAGUCUUUUAGGUAUACAUACAAGCAUUACUUAAGACUUUGUGCUCUUAAGAAAUGGAAAAUUGAUACAGAGAGCUGAUACCGGUAAGAAAACUGGAAAUAUAACCCGGGCUUUUGAAAUUAGAUUUUAAUGGCUUCUGCAUCUGUGGAUGUCAAUGAUGGGGGAGAUGAUGGUAGUGUAUCAUUCCCCCGUGGUGGUCCAGUUUAUGUUCCCGACAUGGUUAGUGCACUCAUGAAGGUUUCAGAUUUUGAACUCUCUGCAUUCAAUGAGCUUAAGAGUCUUAGAGAAGAAGUUUGCUUUGACUCCCUCGAAAUGUAUGAUGACGAGAUCUCGGUAGAAGAACUCAAAAUUGAAAACGAGGAAAAUCUGGUAAACAUGGCAUUUGAAGAAGCAUUCAAGGUAGAAAUACCAAAUGAGAGAGAAGCACACAUAUCAUCUUCCCAUGAAUCGUCGCAUAUGAUUCCUCUUAGAUCGUGCAAGAAUGGAAAAUUAAAGGGAAAAGAUUCCCGUAAGAGGAAGCACAAAAAUGUUGAAGAUGAUGAGAGAGAAGCACACAUAUCAACUUCCCAUGAAUCGUCACAUUCGAUUCCACCUCUUAGAUCCUGCAAAAAUGGAAAAUCUAAGAAAAAAAAUUCGAGUAAGAGGAAGCACAAUUGCGUUGAGGGCAGGGCGGGCAACAUGCAUGAGGCAACUUCUGGCAUUCGUCUCUCUGGCUGAGUUCCGGGCGCAAGGCUUUGGCCUUCCAUGUCUUCUGUAAAAUUGUUGUUGGCCAGUCAUUGUUUUUAAAAAUAUGUUGGACCUGGGCUAAGUAAUUAAAAACAUAAAUAGACUUACCUUAUACUACCAUAGCAAGGCAUUGCGGCUUCGAAAAGAAGGAUCAAGCACCUUCUAAAGGGUGACCACACGACUCCUGGGAAGAGUAACUUUAGUCUUCGGCAACUGUGUGCUAACAUCUUUUUUGUACUUCUCAGGAUCGCAGGUUUUAGUUUUUGUCUCUUCAUUCUUUUUCUAGUGCGUUUCUCACUUGGUUUAUUUACACUAUGUUUGGUUU